UUCUUCUGUUGAGUACCAGAGCCUGGAUGCCCCUGGGGAAAAAAGGCAGCAAAAGACAGCAGCACUGACAGUGAUGGGAGGUUCCCUCCCCAGAGAGGAAGUCUCCUGUGAUUCAUGAAAUUUCCUGUGGUUGCAAGUCUCGAAGUGAGUAACAGAUGCUUGGGCUCAGGGGCAGCAAGGGGGGCUGAGAUAUCAGUCCUGCCUGAAGACUUCGUGGUAGCAUGGCCCUACAGUUGCUGGCUCUGAGGUUUCUCCUGGUCCUUGUAUCUCUGCUGGCGGCACGGGGCCAGGAAGAACCUGAUCCCAAGGUCCACGGAGUACCCAGGGAAACAGGAAUGUGCCAAAGGCCCCGGUGGGACCCAAGAUUGCAGCUGACACCAGAUCAGGAAAAUUACAAGAAGAAUGAAGAAGUGAUGCUGAAUUGCACAGAUGGUUUUCAGCCAACCAUCACCCACGUCAAAUGUUCAAGCGAAGUCCAGUCCACCCAUGAUGGGAAACUUGUAAACAGGGAAGUUUGGCGUGGAAGAAACACCAGAGGUGACUGGACGCGCAUUCAGUCCCGAGUGGAGUGCGCCGAAAUCCUCCAGGUUGUCUCUGAGAGCUUGGAGAUUUCCAGCACCAGCAUCGCACUGAACUGGACCUGCAGGCUCCCUGAUGCCUGCCAGCACAUGCGGGCCACGUGCCGUCUGGUCUUGCCUUCCUCCCCUCCCUGUGAGGCUGAGGAGGCGCAGGGAGAGGAGAUGCUGCAAGGCCAGGAGGGAACAUUCACCUGUCCCCCUCUGCAGCCCUACACUUUCUACAAUAUCACCAUCUUCCUGCCCCCCAGCACGAUUCUUUUCUCAUGGGUGGUCAACACAAAGGAAACAGUGCCAGACAAACCGGAGAAGCUGUGGCUGGAUCCCAACACGGGAUCUCUCACAUGGGAGCCGCUGCCCUCCUGCAAAGGAGAGAUCAUUGGAUACCAGCUGAACAUCACAACGAGGAGCGCACAGGAUGGCAGCUUCCUGGAGAUGGAGAAGCUGCAGCUGAGCAGCUCCAUCACUGAGCACCGGCUGCCUCAGCACAGCCCCGACAGCAGCUACGUGGUGACGAUUCAGGGACUCACGGCCGCCGGAGCCGGGGCUGCGUCGCUCUGGGAGUCUCAGACCAAGAGCUCAAACACCCCGCACCCUCUCGACAUCAGCUGCCGCGGCGUCCACGACAUCUCCCCAGCCCACGGGACGGCCGUGCUCCCCCUACGCCCCAUCGCCCGUCCCCCCACAGCAGCCAGGGAGCACCAGCUCAUCGUGGCUGUGGGCCACGACGACACAGCGCUGGAAGGCAUCUGCCUGGGGGAACCACAGCCCUUCAACGCCAGCCAGGAGCCUGGCACCUACGUGGCCGCCGUGCUCAACCUCACCGGCCCCAUGGACUUUGUGCUGGGCAAUGGGACCCACGGGCAAGGCUACCACAACGCUGCCCUCCGGCCGGGAUGGCACUACAUGGCCAUUCUCCGCCAUGUCCACCGGUCACAACAGGCAGAGAAGGUCACCUGUGUCUGCUACAGCUUUUCUGUUGGUAAGUGGGCUCCUCGCUCCCUCAGCCCAAGGUUUUCCCCUAGACGUUCCCUUUUCCCAGCCUGGCCAGUUCCCAUGGAGAGAAGCUGGCCAAGCGCAGGAGCUGUCGGGUCUCCAGGGGCAGAGGAAACCUUUUGUUUCUCACACAUGGGGCAAUCCUCCAACCCAGAAGAAACCUACACCAAGACACACAUCUACACACUUGCACAUACCCUUUGCCAUCGUUGGUGCUGUUGCCAGCAUGUGGCCCAGGCGGUGGCACUCACUCCUGGUUGUGUUAGAUGCAGGGCAGCAUCCAGCCCCGUGGCAUGGGACUGUGAUCGGCGUUGUUGUGCUUUUGGUACUCCUCCUCCUGUUUGCUGGGAUCCUGUGGUUCGUGCUUUCCAGGAAAAGGAAGUCUUUUCCCACUAAAGCUAAGGAGGAUAAUUAAAGAGGUAAAGGUGGCCAGGCUGGAGAUCAAUAACUCCAACCCUUGUCCAUGACCACAGAAGACAUUCAGAGGGAGCAGAGAAGAUGGGGAGGAUGACCCCAGAUCACUGCUGAUGGUUCUCUUGUGACUGUCAGCAGCUCUGGGGUCCCACACAAAUCAGCACAGAGCUUUUUAUUUCGUCACCGCCAUCACCUCCCAGCUUUCACUUACUGCUUGCUUAAGGCUUUUGAGUGUGACUUUGUGUAGUUAUUUGGGGAUUUAUUUUUUUGGCUUUGCUUUAAUUUUUACUUUCCUGGAAGCAGAAACUGUACAGCAGGUUUCCCGGUGCCUGUCAAACAUGGGCUCAGACUGAGGGAAGGUUCGUGCUCCUUCCAUGUCCUGGGUUCCCAUCCCUUCUCCCUGGUUUGUCUGCUGAUAUUCAGCCAAACUCUGGGCUCUGCUGGAGCUUGGCCUGGCUGGGCUGACUUUGUGACUCUGCCUGUUCUGGCUGGACAACCAAUAAAGGCUUGUGGUUUGGA